UUUUUACCCUCAAAAUCUCAGCCAAUUUUUUUUUUUCAAUAAAAUGAACCCAAAACUAAUCAACAUCAUACCCUUUUUGACACUACUUCUCCUAGGGCUCACGCUUUGCCUCAUCACCCUCCCAUCAUACCCGAAGAAUCUCGUCCUCGUCAAAACCGACGUCGUCCCUAACAAAAUAAUUCCACCGACAAAUCUAAGCCACCUCGUUUUUGGCCUAUUGGGCUCGGAAAAGGCCUGGCCCAAACGAAGAUCCUACAUCGAGUCCUGGUGGCGGCCCAAUUCCACACGCGGAUAUCUCUUCCUGGACAAGCCCCCUGGGCCCGAUCUCCUCCCAUGGCCCAAUACCUCCCCGCCCUACCGCAUCUCGGACGACCUAACGAGAUUGCUGGAAAAGAACAAAACCCGGGCCCAGCGGAUGGUCCACGGGAUAAUGGAGGUGUUGAGGGAAUUGGAGAGGAAUAAUCCGGACGAUGAUUUUCGGUGGGUGGUGAUGGGGGACGAUGACUCGAUCUUUUUCGUGGAUAAUAUGGUUGAUGUGCUUAGGGAUUACGAUCACGAGAGGUAUUAUUAUCUGGGAGGGAAUUCGGAGAAUGUUUUGUCGGAUUAUUUGUUUUCGUUUAAUCAGGCGUUUGGUGGAGGCGGGAUUAUGCUGAGCCGGAAGAUGGCCAAGGCCCUGGCUAAGGAUAUGGAGAGGUGCUUGAAGAGGUAUGUGUUUUUGGAGUCGGCGGAUAAUACGACGAGGGCGUGUAUAGCGGACAUUGGGGUUAAUCUAACUCCUCUCAAGGGAAAUCACCAGAUUGAUCUACACGGUGACAUAUCGGGGUUAUUAUCAGCCCACCCACUAUCCCCACUCCUAUCCCUCCACCACUUGGACAAAGUGGACCCCAUCUUCCCCUCCAUGGACCGCUACCGCUCCACGCGCCACCUCAUGAAGGCCGCCCACCGCGGCGGCCAAUCCCGGCUCCUCCAACAAACCAUCUGCCACCACCGCCCUUCCGACUGGACCUUCUCCGUCUCGUGGGGCUACUCCGCCCAAAUCUACGAGACCGUCCUCCCCCGAAGCUUCCUCCACACACCUCUCGAGACCUUCCGCCCGUGGGCCCCGGGACUCGGCCCGCCAUUCUACACGUUCAACACGCGCCUCCCCACACGGGAUCCGUGCCACGCUCCUCACGUCUUCUUCUUCAAGUCCGUUAAACGGGAAGACGGGCUCCUCGUCACCACCUAUUCCCGGGCUCGCCCGCGCGGCCUGCCCCCGUGUUCAGACCGCCCGGCCGAUCACGUGAUGAGGGUUCGGGUUUUCUCGCCAGCACAUAAACGUGUCGAGAUGGAUAGAUGCGAAUGUUGCGAUGUUGUUCGAGUGGACGGUGUUGAUGCAGAGAUCAGAUUGAGGGAGUGUUUGACGGAUGAAAUAAUUGCUUAAUUAAAUUAAUACCAGCUGAUGAGUGUGGGAGCUCAAUCUGUAAUUAUUAUUUGGUGUUAGGUUCAACUUUAUGUUUUUUUCGGAUUCAACUUGAAUAUGCUAUUUUUGAGAAUUUGAAAGCAUUAAAUGAUCUGAUUGCCAUUUUGGAUGAAUUCAAUGUCAAAGAGAUGCAUUUUUGUCGGCCACUCCCUAUCUCCUUUGGUAGCUGCCAUAGCUUCCAUCUCUAGACCUCAACUGUUCUGUAAGGUGAUCAUGCUUUCCAUUGGCCCGAGAUAAAAUUUGUGGCAACUAUGUGAUUGAAUAUGAAUUUCA